AUGGUCGCCCACCUCCACCCGCGUUCGCGGUCCACCAUGUCGCUCUUCAGCGGCUGUCUUGCAAUCUGUUUCGCUGUUGUUGCAGCUCCUCACGUCCUCCCGUGCCCCGUCGAUAAGACACAGCUCGCCGACAGUGCUUCUCCAGACGGCGAANNCCCAGACGUCGAAGACGCCGCAAGCAGUCCGCUCUCGCUCCCGGAGUCCAAUCAGCAAGACGACAACGACAUGAGCUCUCUUAGUGACAUGGAACGCCCAAAGCGCGAGUGUCCAGUGCCCAAGCCCAGUGGUCUUAUAGGCCAAGUCAUGGGUUUCAAACCGCAAGAGCAACGUCAGAAUCCUACCAUCAUUAUCCAGACACUACGAGACCGCCAUACCAGACAAGAUACAGAAUCAGGCGACAAGUCUCUGUAA